AUUACGUUCUCCCCUUUUUUUCGCCAUGUUGUUGUUUGAAGACUAUGCAUGAUAUCUGCCGAGAGUUGCGUCACGGUUUUACUUAUUGCCUGCCUUCUUGAACCUCUGCAGUAUCCUGAAUUUUCCCGACCUUGAGACUGUAUUAUUAUAGCAGUCAUUUUGAUUUUCAUUUUUAUCUUCCAAAGAAUAAGAAUAAUCAGAAUGAAAUGGGAUGUGGUUGUGGAUGUGCAACUUUUUGAACUUCUUUCUUUGAGGACUGGUCGCAUUUGUCGGAAUUCAUCCAAAAUGGAGGCGCGUGAACGUGAUCCUGAGUCGUGCGAUGUCGCACAGAGAGGUCUGGCGAGCGUCCGAGGACGGUAUCGGGGAGGCGCACCUCUCUCGAUUCUUAUCACCCGAAUACUUUUCGGAAUUUCUUUGAUUACAAUCUCCAUCGCUUUCAUAGCGUGGGAUAGUCCGCUUCCGAUCUUUGCUGUAGCGCAGCCACAAGACCACAAACCUAGACCAGAUGACGCCGAUGUCAAGAAGGAAGGGAGACGGGCAAGCGGUAUUAACAAACCGCGUUUUGACAAAGGCGGCUCAUCACUGCGCAAUUCCAACCAUGAGAAAUUCAAGCGAAUUCUCGUGUCCUUCGAGAAGCCGGGUCUCUCGAGUGACGAGCUACAAGACAUACGAACCCGCGUGCUGGGAAUUCGUGGUCUCAAAGUUCAGCCGAAGACGCUCACGAUUGUGGUUUUCUGCGAGACCUUCGAAGAUCAGGAAAAGGCGAUAGAAGAGUUCUACAAGCAUCAAAGCGUCAAAGUCGCAAUGAAAGAUGUGCUCGUGCGUAGCACUGGGGCAAAGGUAUUUGAGAAGAUAAAAUCUCAAAACUUAUGAUGACCUUGCUUGAGUUUGUUGACUUCAUCAUUACCCAUCCCCAUAAUCAUAACUGAAACUCGUUGAUACAGGGAAAUUAUGAAAGAAAGAGUUCCUCUUCGUGAAAUUCCUUUUGUUUCGUGACAUUCCUUUUUCCCGAUAGCAACUCUAUGUCGGCGAUAUUUUUCACAGAGCCUGCGCGGCACCGAGCUUGAGGCCAAAAAAGAGCGAUUGCUUCAGGGCCAGCUUAUUCCGUCAGACCCUCGUUUUGACCGCCAGUGGGGUCUGCAUCAAGUCGCCGGUAACGAUGCCGAUAUCGAUGCUCCCGAAGCUUGGGGCACCUACCAGAGUGAGGCCUUCUCCGUCGGUGCGUCGCCCAUUGUCGUGGCGGUGAUCGACACUGGUGUCGACCACAAGCAUCCCGAUUUAGCGGGUCGCAUGUGGCGCAAUCCAGGAGAGAUCCCAGAUAACGGCAUAGACGAUGACGGCAAUGGUUAUGUCGACGAUGUGCACGGCGUGGACUUGUUCAACCAAGAUGGCGAUCCGAUGGACGACGAGUCGCAUGGGACGCACUGCGCAGGUACUUUGUCAAAGUUUGCUUCUCUAAGUAGUCACAUGAAGAUGAAGUAGAUGGAAUUGGUAAUAUUACGCUUACGGUGGUCCUAAAAUCAACAUCAAGAGGAUGACUGAGGCGCGGACAUGCUGCUUUUUUCAAUGUUCUAGACCAGAUUUAUUCCGAAGGCUCACACGAAACUACUUUCAGGAAUUAUUGGCGCGGUCGAGAAUAACAAUGAGGGAAUCGCAGGCGUUGCUUCCUAUACCUCGAACGUGCAGAUCAUGGCCGUAAAAUUCAUGGACUUUGAGGGCUACGGCACGCUCACUGACGGCAUCCAGGGCAUUGAAUAUGCGAUGGAAAACGGCGCGCGCAUCUCGUCAAAUAGCUGGGGUGCGGAAAGCGCAGGCUUUCUCGUGUGGAUGGCCUUUACUAGUGUCCUGCUCGCGGCGCGCAUGGAAGGACACUUGUUCAUCGGUGCAAGCGGUAACAGUGGUUGGAACUUGGAUGCUAGCUCAAACAUUCCCUGUAGUUUGGGUGCCGAUAACUUGAUUUGUGUAGCGAGCAGCGGGCAAUUUGGCUCCAUGAGCUCGUUUUCGAAUUACGGUCGGACCCAAGUUGACCUUGCCGCACCAGGGAGCAGCAUUCUUUCUACUGUGCCCGAUGGAAACUACUUGUACUUUUCGGGCACGUCGAUGUCUGCGCCCUUCGUCGCAGGUGUUGCUGCUGUUCUUUGGAGUUUCCGGCCAGAGUUGAGCUAUGAUAAUGUCAAGCGUUUGAUUAUGCAGACGGUGGACAAGAGCGAUGCCUUCGCAGAGCUGAGCAGUGGUGGUCGCGUAAACCUCGAGUCCGCACUGCGACAGGCACAGCUGGAGUAUCCAGCUGCUUCGCCGCCUGUUUCGCAGCCAGGAUCGCUCGCUUUCGCAGACACCGAUCAGCGCGUUGGACUAGUGAGUGGCGAAGUGCGCGUGACGUUCAAGUCUAAGGCUUUUGAACCCGCUGGAAGCACUGCUCUUGAUGCGACGAAACUGCAUCUGUACUUCGCGCGCGCAGACGGCACCUUGUUUCGUCCGAGGCUGAACAACACGGAACCAAUAGCAAUCGCAGCAGGAACGGUUCCUACCGCUUCAGAUGCCGCGUGGACCACGUUUUUGCCGUCAAGUAUCGUUCCCAAAGAGGCAACGCAGAUUGUGGGCUUGUCUGCAAACGCGACUGGCGAGAACCAGCAGGCGAAGGCUACGCUUGGUCUCGUGGACACAGGUCGACCGCAGCAUCUGCCGAAAAAUUUCAAGAUUUCUGCUGAUUUACACACAGGAAGUGGAAGCAUUUCCUCAACCGCUACAUGGGAUGUGGGACUCACGGAAGCCGACGUUUCCGAAUACCGCUUAUUCAAAUACGACUCGAGCACUAAUCAGCGAGUUGACGCUGCAACGCCCGUCGCGGUUGUACCAUCGCGAGGCCUUUUCCAGCCUCAGUGUCAGGGUUCUGCCUGCGCGUCGAUCAAAGUCGAGAACGUUUUCGCUGUUGAUGCGACCAAGCAAACCGGAUACCGCGUCAAACUUCGCCCACCCUCUGGCGCUUACGAGGUGGAUGAACGUGCGACAAUCACCGUGGCUGGACCGUCAGAAAUUCAGUUCACGUUCUUCGACGUUGAGUACGGCUAUGAUACACUCGAGAUUCCGUCAUUGGAAACUACACUGACGGGCACCUUCACUCCGGCACUGAUCUCCCUGCCACCGGGCACGCAUUCUAUCAAGUGGGAGUCCGACGAAACCAUGACCAAGGAGGGAUGGGAAUUCGUCAUCAGCAGUGACAUGUCCUACAAGGUGCCGAUCGAGAUCGCCAGUCUUCAGAGUAGCGUGGACACGCUUCUGUUGAUUGCCUCGUACAACGGCAACGAAGCCGAGGACGGUGUUCGCGCUGCGUUGGUGGACAAUGCGAGCGGCGGUUCGACGGGCGGUGCUCCGCCGCUGUCAAGGCCCACGGUAGCGAAAAUGCUGGACGUGAACGCAGCGCCGGGAAUCAUGUCCGGCAAGCUGACUAUCGAGUGCUGUGCGCCUUUGCUUGUAGAAGAGAAGGAGACGACAGAGGAAAGCGCCACCACCAGCGAAACGGUGGAUGGAAGCGACGUCACCAGAUUCAAAGCAACGCUUGUGCGCAUGACGGCGCCAGCUGAGGGGAGCACGGAACCACCCUUGGAGACGCAUGUUCGCGAUCUGGGCGAAUCAACGAAGGCUUCUGCGGCAAUCGAACUAACAGACGUCGAGGCUGGACCUGACAUGCGAAUCAAGAUCGUCAACGGCAACGAGCAUGCCUUCGCGACUGAGGGUCUGAUCAUGCGAACGCUGGACAUCCAGGGACAGCCCAUUCUCAAUGGCAAAUACGGAGGAGAUCUCGACUCCGAUGUCGGACAAGUGGCCGGUGAUGUUUCCAUCACGCCUCCUGCCUACGGCGUUGGCCUUACGGGUUUCCGUGCUUAUUGGAGCUCUCCAACUUCAACUGCGGAGGACGAAAGCGCGGCAACGUUUUACCAGGCGAUGCAGUUACCAAUUGUGUGCCCACCUCGUCCCUCGAACAGAGACUGGAAAGCUGAUCCGACGAAUGCCUUUGCUUCGAGACACUGCGAAAGCGCCUUUGCGCCGAAAUGCAAGGGGCGCAGCUGUCACCUGGUUCAAAUCUUGCAGGCCGGCGACGAAUUCACCAUCUCGCGCAGUGCAAGUUCAAACGGCGAGACGGAGUACACUGCCAAUGAGCGCGCCAAAAUCUACUUUCCCUACGGUGGGGAGCUCGAAGUUGUCACGAUGGACGUCGAGCUCAUUUUCGAUGCGUUGCGUGCGAAGUGGCGCCCCAUGUUGGGUGGAACCUUGUACACGGACUUGGCCUACUACGAUCCAGGAGACACCUUGGAGGUGGACGGCGGAACUUCUGAAUCCUAUUUGCACUGGAAGACCGAUAUGAACGAGCAGCGAUCUGGUUGGGUAUUGCGGUAUCGACCGAAAUACCCCGUCCUGGCGAUUCCGCCGGACACAGUGAUGCCGACUGGAACCACUGGUAUGAAAAUCGUACCCGUGUAUCACAACUAUCCGAUGAUCGAAUCGGCCGCCUCGUCUGACGAUGAGAAGAAGUACGCAGUCCCGUCCGAGCUAACAGCUCCUGCAUUUGAAGGCGCUGCAGACACGGAGUAUUUCGUGCCCGUCAGCGACUGGGUCCGAAGCGAGGCCGUCUGUCUGCCAUCCAAGAUGCGGUGUCCGAUCCCGGCUGCAUGGGCCGACCACAACUAUGUCACCCCGAAGACGAGCGUGGAUUCCGUUAGUGAGUGCGCUAUGCAACGCACGCCAACAGGAACGAAUGGUCCACCCGCCUUGUUCGAAUUCACGAAGGGAAAGUGCGGGUCCACGCGCAUCUUCGACAAUGCCCGUGGAUUAGUCGUGGACUCCAUCACCCUAGUUGUGGAAGCAGUGUCUGACGAAAAACCCACUGAAAGUGCUGGACAAAACGUAGCCGAGACCCACGAUUACAGCGGUGUCCUCGACUUCCUGGAUGCGGUACCGCAAGAGGCGCCCGUUUUGCCGCCUGAGAUCACCUGCCGUUGCGAAUCCAAACUGACUGCAACUGCGACUCUUGAGCAGCCGAUCGGAGUUGAAGCUGCGACAGCGCCGCCACCGGUUCAGACAGAGUCUGUGGACCUCGUCGGCGAGGGCGAGAUGAAGACCUCGAUGCGCGUUUACCAGGACGAAGUCUUUGCGCAGCCUUUGGCGUUUGGAGACUGGUUGCCUCAAGCGACGGUUGAAUUCUUCAUCGAGGUCGGCACUGAAUUCACUGGAAACCAUAUUACGAUCAAGAGCUGCCGCGCCAGUCGUAACCGCGAGGCACUGAUGAAAGACGACGAUGAAGAGGAUCCUAACAAUUCCGAAGAUCGUGUCGAAUCAGACGUGGUGAUAACGGUUCCGCUGAUGUGGAACUACUGCCCAGUGCCGUUAUUCAAUGUGAAGAAACACGCGGCGCCAGACGGAGUGACACAUCUGGAUCGACUCAGUUUCCGGAAGUUCCGGUUUACGGGUCAGAACGAGAUCUAUUUGCAAUGCGAAGUCGAGGCAUGUGAAUCACGACCUUGCGGAACAUGUUUUGGGACUGGCUCUGGUGAGGGAGAUGAAACCAAUGGGCAGAAGUUCUUGCGUAUGCUCUUAGGUCGGAAUUCUCGGGUCUACCAGAAUAGCUUGAAGAACAUGAACAAAAAGUUCGUAGGUCGUGGUCUGCAGUCAGCAGCGGGUUCGCGGACUACCAAGACCAGCCCUUUGGUUGUCCGGAUUGACGAAAACGACCCGUCCGCGAUUACGAGUGGCGGCCCACUUGGCACGACAAGUGUAGUCGCGACGGAGCCGUGGCUUGUCAACGGAAACGCAGCUGGAAACCCUGACGCGCCACGUGAGCCUCCGAUAGAGACAACCUGGAGCGCGCCACCAAUGCUAGCGGAGGAAGUCGAGAAGAUGGAACGCAUUCAGUCUCGCAUGACAUUGACCGGCUUGGAGCCCCAAUGGGCACAGGACAACGUGCGCUCGUUGGAGGACACUCUCAAACGAACGUUGGAAUUGCGAGAUGGUGAGAGCGUUCGGAUCAAGAGCGUUGGCAAAGUUGUGAAAAACUCGGAUGACUCUUCAUCAACAUCGCCUGCCCGGCGCCAGCUGCAGCAAGCCGCAACGUCUGGUCCUACGGCUUCAACGAACUGGGUGACCUACGACGACUUCGGGAAAUUACUAAGCUCUCUUGUUGCGAAUUCAGAGGAAACCCAAAAACAGGGUCCAGAAAACUAUCGACCAAAUUGGUUUCAGAACCUCGUUGCGGGGGAGCAACAGUUCCGCGAACAGCAGGGAGGAGCCGCAAACGGCGUUGUGGUCGCACCGGCAGCAGCCGGCGAUGCGCCACUAGCUGCGGCCACACCAGCGCCAGUGGCCAACGACAUUGUCGGACCGCAACUGCCUAGCGGAGGCCAAACUCCGGGGGACACAGCAGCCAGUGUUAGCCAACCGCAGCCGGCUUCCGGUUCCGCCGGCCCUGCGUCAUCCGAAGGUGACGCUGCUGGUGUACCUGGAGCGCAAGCUGUUCCUCCUGCAGAAUCCUCCGCAGCAGCCGUAGGUGGGCCUUCCGUUGCUCCGGGAGCUCCAGUUGAAGCACCUGCAGCAGCACCAGGAGUCUCCAAAGUCAAGGAAACAAGAGAGACCAUCGUGUUCAAUACCUUUGAGGAUCUGCAGAAAUACCAAGCGGGAUCAGUUGCGCCUGCUACAGCUGGAGAGGCAGCACGGCCAACGUGGUUUCAAAAUCUAGUGGCACAAGAAAAGACGAUGCGACGAGAACAGGGUGGCAACGGUAGUGGUGUAGUAGUGCAGGCGCCCGCUCCUAUUAUUUCGCCUUCGGUCGAGCCUACUACUCCUGCGCGGGUGCCUGAGGCAGUGCCUAUCCCAGGCCAUGAUGAGAAUCGUCGGAGACUCGCUCAACACACAACCUCGCAUAGCAAUAAGAGACGCGGUGGCGUGCUCCGUCCAUCGGCAGCUACGCGACUUUUGCGAGAUGCUCUUCUCGUGACAAAUGUGAACACGUUUAUGGACCACGUGCGAAAUAGUCGCAGCGCAGCGCAAUUGAAAGCACAAAAUGAUGUCACGUCGCAUCGUCGACAGGUCUCUCGCAAACUGGCUGCGGCACUGGAAAGUGUUGCGAUCGACUUCGAAGUUUUGCUUCUCAAGAGUGCCAGUACAGGUAGUGGAACUUCAUCUUCCGAAAGCGCCCCAUCGACAUCUGUCGAAAACAGCGCUUCCUCAUCGAAUCAGCGCACGAUGCUCUUAGAGACCAAGAUGUCGCUGCUCGCUAGUGGAGGGCCCACAUUGACCAACACUUUUGUCCAGACUCUGGACGAGGAGUUAGUGUCGCGCGGUGAGACUCCCGUCCGCUUGGAGACCGAGAGAAUCCAAUUCCGUGAGCCAGCGCGUAUUUCGCCAGACAUUAGCUUUGGUCUGACGCCUGCAGAGCAGCAAGGCUCUUCAAGUUCUUCAUCUUCAUCUGGAGACGGUGCGGCCAGUGCUACCGGAACUUCUUCCGCUUCGCCCGCGUCUGACGCUCAGGAGGAGAAGCCUUCGACGGGAUUGCUAGGGUUCGACGCAGCAACAGCCACAAUGCUGCUCGUGGUCACGGCUGGUGCGUUCCUGAUUCUGCUUGGUGUCUUUGCCGUCUGCUUCGUGCGCAAAUGGCUGCGCGGCUCCUCGACGGACGCCCACCUUCUUUCCCCUGAUGCCACUCCGAAAGUUGUGCGAGAAUUCGCGAAGACGAGCAAGUAUGUUGUAGAGGAGGACAUAGAGAACAAGUGGAACGAGCGUGAGCUCAAUCAUGUCAACGCGAAGAUGACAGCUGUUGCAUCCAAUAAAGGCCAAGACGAAGAUGGCGAUCCGCAGCUUGAGGAUGGUAUUGGGAUUGCCUUGCAGAUAAAGUCUAGUACAAAUAUGAAGAAGGGAAAGAAAUCCAAGCGUAGCUUAUCCGCGAAGCACUCUACAGCCGAACCACCGCUGAGCAUCACCAACAUCGAUGAUACUGCACUCGUAGCUGUUUCGCCACGACCUUCCGAGGUUUCGCUUGGUGAGAGAUCUGCAGCUUCAUCUUCUUCCCCAUCUAGCAAGAGCAAAAACAAAAAGAAGCGAGACGCAGGAUCAAAUAAAGCAGCCUCACUAAAUCGCAUCUAUGAAGAAGACACGGAGAUCGCGGAUGUCGAAUCUGUAAAUCAAACUAGCAGUAGCAAAGCACGCUCGCAGUCUGCGUCCGCGUCAUCUCCCAAAACGAAACUGACCCUGACAACACCGCAGGGCGGAUCAAUCACCAUCGAGUCAGACGAUGUAGAGGAGACCCUGAAAUCCAGGGAAGUGCGCAAGAUACUCCGCAAACAAAUGGGAAGCGGUGCAGAAACUGACGACUCGUCAUCUUCUCCGCUGUCACCCUCGUUAAGGCAAGCCUCAGGAUCGACAUCUUUGAGUGUCUUCAAUGCAUCAGCUCUGGGGAUGCAUAGACCAUCGUCUGCUGCCUCGACAUCCAAUAUCCUGCUGAGCACAACGACCUCGUCAUUCGGUUCUAGGAAUUCGUCGCCUGUUAUCAGCCGCGACGUCGUGGUCGCUUCGCCCGGCUCAUCUCCUUCUCGACGUAGGGCGACACCAACGCACGAUGCGUCGAGCUUGGUGUGGGCAGACCGACGUCAGCCAUUAGGAAAGCUCUCGGACUAUUCAGCUGCAGUGAGCAAUCCACGUCAGGCUGUCGUGGCCCGUGAAGGCGCCGCGAGCCUAAACGGGUGGGGGCCGGUGACAUAGGCGCCUGAACAGCAACUAAUUAGGCACUGCUCGAUGGGUUGCAGUACAAGUAAAUAAGAGGUAGAUGAGGAUGGUAAUAUUUAUGAUAUUGGGUAUUCGUAUUACUAUUACAAAUUCGACAUUCGACUCGAGUUCGAAAGAAUCUAUUACUAGACCUCGCAGUUGUUCGAGAUCGCGAUCCUCAAAAACUUUGUCAACGUUUUGCCCAAGAUAGGUUACUUAGAAUUAUCAUUAUGAUUAUCCAUCCACAUCAUGAAUACUUGUUGUUGUAUAAGGCUGCACUUCUAGUUCUAGUAGAGCACCUACAGACCCUGUGCGAGUUCGGACAAUUGAUGUUCCAGAACAAGGCUGUAUAGCACUUGUUUUUUUGAACAAGUUGACUUUGACUAGGACUACAGAUAAAACUAAUCAGUAAGUAGGAAUCAUGCAUAUUAGAUGCAUUGGGUGGUAGAACUUCUCUGUAGAAUUUCUUAGACUUAGAAGACGUAUGUCCCUACAUCUCAUACUCAUAUUGAGUUCUUCAGCCUCUGUGCUUAGACAAUCGGUUCUAAACUUGCUGCCAUUUUCCUAGUCCCUUGACAUGCUCCAUGGCGGAUGUAUCCCUCCGACACCAAAGAAAACUCUCAUAGGCAAAUAGAAUUAGAAGUAUGCUCCUCCGUGAGCGAAGCUUCAGCCAGGUCCUGACAUGGCAUCUCGAUCCCCACAACUUUGUUAGUUCUAGUCCUAGUCUAGUUGACAACAAUAACAAGUAAACGUUAGUUGAGCACGAAGGGCUAAACUCUAUUCAUUAUGUUUAUGGUUGUCCUUGACGACCUUGUCCAGAAUUACUUGAAUAGAGAAGCGAGUCGAUUAGUUGGUAGUGAGCUCAGUAGGUGUCGUACUUGCAGUUGCAACGGUCUGACAAAGACUCAAGAAAUUAGUUGCAGCAGCUUCCUGUGUGGAACGACGUAUGUAAAAAGAGAUGUAAAAUCAAGAUAAUCCCACUAACCCUGCUAAGCCUAUCUAAGCGAAAAUCACCACACCCACAAUUUGGUGGUGAAAUAUAAAAUCCUAAUUCAGCAAAUCCAAAUCGUAAUUGCAUGCAACCGUACGCUCGUACUACGGAUGAAUAUAGAAACAUCUUGUUGAGCUUGAGAUGGACCUCGACCGCAGAAGUCGUGGCCAAGGGGUAUACAGAGAAGGAUCUCCACCAAGUUUACCCAUCAUGUUGAUCAUCGUGUACGAAUGCGGAUAACUAAGCUAGCACGGUUCGUUGGCGGCAUAUGAUCCCCAAGGAUCAUGCCUGAGCUUUUGAAACCGUGCGGCCUACGAGUAUUUUGUGUUUCUUUUAUCAGUAUCAUGUUUUUCUUCCCAGUGGGCGCGAAAUGAAUCUGUUUUCAUCAACUCACUGACACUGGAGUACCAUAAUUUUUUUCCUAUUCCUGCCCACCUGAAACAUAUUAAUUAUGUC